AUGUCCGUAAUAACACGUCAGAUCGCUCGCUCUGUGCGCUUAGCUGAAACUAUCAAUACCAGAAGUUUUUCCACAUCCAUACAAAGACCUUUCAUAGCGGAUCUCUUCAGAGAUAGAAAGACUCUCGAACAAAGAAAUCAAGCCAUUGCUGAGAAGCAACAAGAACAAGAAGAAAAUGGUGCAAACUCUACGCAAUCCAAAAUAGUGUUUCUUAAUGAAGAGAACUCGCCUUCUAUCAAGCAGUUCAAUGUAGAAGAAGACAUGCCAGGAUUUAAAGUCGAACAAUGGAAGUCCAAAUUGGUUGAAGGUAAAGAUAUAGAAUCGACCUACCUGCAGGAAUCUGUGAAGGACAUCUUAAUCAAAUCAUACAACGAAGUAAACCAAGCAACACCAUUAUCCCAAGAUAUUGACGACUUGGCUGUAGUAGAUUUGAAUGAUUUACAAUUAAGAUUCCAGCUCUCUAAGCAAAUUCAAAAAAACUUGGGCUUUGACAUCAGUGACUACAUCUUUUCCAAAUCCCAUGACUUACAUACAUUGUAUGGAUCCAUCUGUGAAAUUAUAUCCAAGAGAUGGACUAACGAAAGAAACCCCAACGCUAUUGUCUUACGUUCUGAAGACUUUUCUGCGGGUAACAUUUACCUUAACGAAGAAUUAGAUAAAUAUCAACAAGACAAGCUUUACCAAGAACUUUUGGAAAAGGCUAACGAAUCUGUAUAA